AUGGUGCCCUUCGCGAGGUGCCCCCGGUCCGUCCCUAUCGUGUCAUCGCAGCCGUUCUGCCUCGCUGGAACGUGGCGCUUGGUGCCGUCUGGCUCUUGUUCCCAGCGUAGCCUUUCAAGAUGUAGAGGCAUAGCUUCAACGCCAACUGUGCUAUCUCCAUCAUCAAUACCAAACUCCAAGCCAUACUACGUCACCACACCCAUCUUUUACGUAAAUGCUGAUCCGCACAUUGGGCAUCUCUACUCGGAUGUAAUAGCAGACGCCUUGGCGCGAUAUCACGGGUAUAUGCGAUCAGGAUACUCGACCUACAAUCACUGUGAUGGCCCAAACCCCUCUACAAACUCUAUGACAGACAUGGUUCGACCGAUGUUCAGCACAGGUACGGAUGAGCAUGGUUUGAAGAUGCAAAAAGUCGCAGAAGCAGCCAGCGAAGAUCCUCGAGCUCUGUGCGAUCGUAUCAGCCAACGUUUCAAACAUCUCGCCGAUGCAGCUAACAUCAGCUACACCCACUUUAUCCGAACGACGGACACAGACCAUAAGGUUGCGGUGGAACAUCUUUGGCGUACCCUGCGCGACAAGGGACACAUCUAUCAGGGAAGUCAUGAAGGAUGGUAUGCGGUUUCGGACGAGGCGUUCUACCCGGAAGGACAAGUGAAGACAGUGGUGGGUGAGGAUGGGAAGGAGGUCAGGCAGAGUAUCGAAACGGGAGCCAAGGUGGAAUGGAGCCAAGAGGUGAAUUACAAGUUCAGGCUGUCAAACUUCCAAAAGCCGCUGGUGGAGUGGUUGAGGGCGAAUCCAAAGGCGAUCCAGCCGGCACAGAAGCACGCUGAGGUACUGGCAGAGGUCGAGGCAGGAUUGACGGAUCUGUCAAUAAGUAGGCCUAGCUCGCGAUUGAGCUGGGGAAUCAGGGUGCCUGAGGACGACGAGCAUUCGAUCUAUGUCUGGGUAGAUGCCCUGACCAACUACCUUACGGCUGCCGGAUACCCUUUUGCAGCGUCGACAGGGCAAGCGGAAGGAAACGUCGCACUAUCAUCCGCCUGGCCAGCAGACGUCCACGUGGUGGGUAAGGACAUUGUUCGAUUCCACGCCAUCUACUGGCCAGCCAUGUUGCUCGCUGCUGGUUUGCCACUACCAAGGACAAUCCUCGCUCAUUCGCACUGGACGAUGAACAAGGCCAAGAUGUCCAAGUCGCGCGGCAAUGUGGCCAACCCAUUCGAAGCCAUCGAUACGUUCGGACUAGAUGCGCUGCGCUUCUUCCUCCUGCGCGUCGGUGGCAACUUCGGUUCGGACUCGGACUACAAUCCAACUGUACUGGUCGAGUACCAUCGCAAGUAUCUGCAGGGUCAGUUGGGCAACUUGGUAUCCAGGAUAUGUGCUCCGAAGAUUCAUGCCAGGUUGAACGAUUUCGCUCGCGACGCCGCCACACAUGUGCUGCACCGUCCGCUCAAGGAGCAAGUGGAAUUGCAUAUGGACAGCGAAUCACUUUCGCUCUGCACUGCUCUCGAAACAUCGCUGACGCAGCUCCCCGCAAAUGUCGACGCGCUAAUGUCCGAUUUCGAAGUAGCCAAGGUGCUCGAACUCAUCCUGGAAUCCGUCAUUGCUAGCACAAACGAGCUCAUCCAACGACUCGAACCUUGGUCCGCCUCCACUCAUCCCGUCGUCGUCCUCGAAACCGUUGUACUUGUCACCGAAAGUCUACGCAUCUCGGCGCUGUUAUUACAGCCUUUCAUGCCGCAAAAAAUGUCGGCACUUCUGGAUACGUUGAAGAUACCUCAAGGCAGCAGGAGGCAUCCAAAGGAUCUCGUGGUCACGGAUACAGACGGAAGGCUCGUCUCACAUGUGGUGCAAAGAUCCGAAUCCGAAGGCAAGCCUCAUCCGCUCUUCCCUCGAAUCGAAGUGGCAUGA